UUGAUCCGUUGUGUGUGAAUUUACUUCCUUGAUACCAUUGUAUGCCUGAUUUGCUUCUAUUUGUGUUAAUUAAUGGAUUUUAGAUGACUUGGAUAUUUAAUUAAGAGUUCAACAGGAAUGGGACAAAUAUUUGGAAUAGAGAGCGAUGAUGAAGAGUCUGACACGAGAAACGUGCGCUUCUAUCGCGGGGAAAUAAAGUCAAAACCUUGGCCAGGUAAAAAUAUAGACAAAAUGCUCAGUUGGUAUGGCAACUACGACAAAUUAGAGGAUAACCACCAGUAUAUCCAAUGGUUAUUCCCUAUCCCAGAAAGAAGCAGAAGUAACUCAUCAGCCCAGCGGCUUUACGUACAUGAGGCGCAGGCUAUAAAGGUAGAUGAAGAGUUGCAAGGCAAAGUUGUUCAAGCUUAUAGAAUGAUGUUAGAUUUCUACGGCCUAAGACUUGUCAAUCCAAUUGAUGGAGCUGUGUCAAGAAAUCGCGAAAACUGGGAAGAACGUUUCCACCAUCUGAAUAGAUCUCAACACAAUUAUUUACGGAUAACACGAAUAAUAACCUCGCUCGGAGAACUUGGUUUUGAGAGAUACCAGUCUCCACUGGUAAUGAAACUUAUGGAAGAAGGCGUUGUGCACAGAACGCUUCCAAACACGGUCAGGUCAGCAAUGAGGUACUGGAUAGACGCCAUCAAAGACCAAAACGAAAGAACAGAAUUGAAAAGACGGUAUGAGACACUGACGCGACACACGGUACCGCCUGGAAACCAGUCUAAUGGCAUUUCUAAAGACAGUGAUGUUAAAUUGGAUGAGUGCGUGGAAGCGACAGAAAUUUCAUGACAUAGUGAGGGGUUUCAUUUUGACCCCUUUGCCCCUAAGCUGACAAGAAAAUGCCCGUUGCUAAAAUGGACGCGUGUCUUGUUGUCUGUCUCUCGGUUCUAUAUGUUUAGCGGCUUGUCCCUAUAGUCUCCGAUGUAUUAUUUCUGGGAAAAUGGCCUACUUGGGGUGAGUCGCGGGGAUGAUUGGAAUCCAUAUUGUUUUGUUUUAUUUAUUGAUAUUUAUCACAGUUAUUUAAUAGCAUUUAUGUUUACAAUAAAAAAACAUAC